ACUAUCUCCGUUAGAUUCAUGAUUCAUGUUUAUCUACUAUCUCCGUUAGAUUCAUGAUUCAACUAUGUUUAUGAAGCUUUUAGAAUCUUAGAAUCGAUUCCUUAGGGUUUCGUUGUUCGUUUCUGUUAAAGAUUGCGUUGAUUGAUUUUGAUCUGUACCUAAAAGCAUCACGAAGAAUUAGGUCAUCGAGUUUGUGGCAUCAAUUUUGAUUAGUUAGGUUAAGGUCACGUUUCUUCUUAUUGGAAUCAAUUUUUGAACAAUUAGGGAUCUGAUUUGUAGUCACCGAUUUGAACUCUUCUUUCGUUUGUUGGAUUGUGUCACUUAGCAAUGAAGUCAGGAAGUUCUACAUUGAAUCCUUACGCAGCAGCUUAUGUACCACUCUCGAAAAGAGAAGGUUCUUUGGUUGAUACAAAGCCUGUCACACAACAACACAUGCAGCAGCAGCACCACCAGCAACAACCUUAUUAUGGGUAUGGAGUUCAAGGAAUGGGAAGUUAUCAAGGAACUCAAAUGUCACCUAAGAAGUCACCAUCUGAGAUGGUAUACAAUCAUCAGCUGAAGGAUGAGGAUUUGGAGAUGGACAUGGAUAUUGAGUAUCUAUUAGCUACAUACCCUGGUCUUUCACAAGAGUCUAUCAAUGAUGUUUACUUGGCUAACACUUGUGAUCUUGAUGCAACUAUCGAAAUGCUGAAUCAACUCGAGAUUUACAGUACUGAAGCUGAGGAAUACCUUCCAGACACACUGGACAUUGGUGAUGUACCUGAGAUCAUCACAGAGUCUUCGAAACAAAAGAAUGAUGGGAGUAGUGCAUCGUCAUCUUCGGGUAUCCGCAACGCUAACGUAUCCUCCUCCUGAUUUGAUCAGUCCUUAAAAAAAUGUGAAGUUUUUUUCUUCUUAAGUUUCUUUUGCAAAUGGAUGAUAUGAAGUUCAUGAUAUAUUGUUAGGAGAUCUCUUUCUACAUUUUCCCCACUUUGUCUCUGGGAAAAGAGAGUACAAUGUAUAGUUUUUAAGAAAGAUUUCAGUUUGAGAAUUUGGGAAUUUUCUUUUGUGGUUUUGAGAAAAGCUAUGAAUUACAACCUCUGCUCUUGGUGCUCGAUAUUAAUAUGAAUCUCUCUUAUCU